AUGGAAACCAAAGCCCCUCAACGCGUCGAGGAGGCGAACGCUGCCGGUCUCGUCGUUGGACUUUCAACAGCACCCAGUAAUGAAGAAGCACGGGCUAUCGCAGAACACCUCGUCACGCAGCACCUCGCCGCAUGCGUACAAAUCGUGCCUGCAGUAGAAAGCAUUUACGAGUGGAAGGGGACAAUAGAGAAAAGUUCCGAGGUUUUGAUUAUCAUCAAGACACAGCGGGCGCACACCCAAGCAGUGGUGCAAGCAAUAAAGGACAUGCAUUCUUAUGAGGUCCCGGAGGUGGUGUUCACUGACAUUGUGGACGGCAACGCAGACUACAUCAAGUGGGCUCGAGCUGUUACCCAACCCAAGGGCACCUAA